AUGUUACCACAUCCUUGUCAAAAUGUCAACUGUCGAGUGAAGGAAACAUGUAAAGUACAGAAGGGUGAAGCUGUGUGCGUCCCGGACUAUACCGGCACUUGCUGGGGCUGGGGCGAUCCCCACUACCACACAUUCGAUGGAUACGACUACAACUUCCAGGGCACCUGUACAUACACGCUGUCUACGACAUGUGGGAACCUGACGGGCCUGGUACCCUUCUCCAUUGUGGAAAGGAAUGACAACCGAGGAACUACCGUGGUUUCUUAUGUCAGGGAUGUGGAGGUGUUUGUGUAUGGCUACAACAUCACCAUGAUUAAAUACCAGAAUGGCCGGAUUUUGGUGAACAAUGAAACUAACAACUUGCCGGUGUACCUAAACCAUGGACAACUGACUGUAACUUAUACCGGUAGCACAGCUGUACUAACUACAGACUUUGGCCUGUAUGUUUCCUAUGAUUAUAACUGGGAAGUAAUCGUCAAGCUUCCAAGUAGCUACUACGACAGUGUGGACCCCCAGGCUUUCAUGAACAACUGUGUCUAUGACAUGUGUGCCACCAACGGGGACCGGAAAAUGCUGUGCUCAGCAUUGGCUUCUUACAGUAAUAUGUGCCGUCUUCAGGGCAUCAUUCUUAAAGGCUGGAGGGAGAAAUUUAAUUGUCCCAUGAAUUGCCAGCCGUACAGCCAUUAUGAGGAUUGCACAAGCCCUUGCCCGCAAUCCUGCCCAUUCCCAGCUAACCAGCCAACUUGCGAGGGUAUCUGCGUGGAGGCUUGUGUCUGUAACAACGGCUACGUCCUCAGUGCAGGCCAGUGCGUGCUCCCCGAGACCUGCGGCUGCUCUUAUCAGGGCCACUAUGUAAAGCCUCAUGAGCACUUCUGGACCGAGGGCUGUCAGCAGCAGUGUGAGUGUGACCCUGACUUCCGCACGGUGGUGUGCUGGUAUGCAGCCUGCGCGGCUAACGAGCUGUGCAUUCUCGAGGAUGGCCUGCGUUUCUGUCGGCCCAUCACCUACUCCACCUGCACAGCUGCCGGAGAUCCUCACUACCACACGUUCGAUGGAUAUUAUUUCAACUUCCAGGGCACUUGUACAUACCAGUUGGUGGCACUAUGUUCCAAUGACCCUAAGCUCAUUCCAUUCACUGUCACGGUACAGAACAACCAUCGCGGCAGUGAAGUUGUAGCCUAUACGAAAGUGGUGAAUAUAGAUAUUUAUGAGAUGAAUAUCACUAUCAGCAAGGACUUCCCCUACAAAAUCCUGGUGGAUGGUCAGGUUGUGUCUUUACCAUUCUAUUACGACAACAAGCAACUGAUGGUCUACCGCAGUGGUUCAAUGGCAGUUGUAGAGGCCGGUUUUGGCUUACGGGUGACGUUUGAUUGGAACAGCCUGGUCCAGGUGACCUUGCCUAGCACCUACUGGGGUGCUGUCUGUGGCCUAUGUGGCAACUACGAUGGAAACCCGACUGAUGACCGCACCAUGAGGGGUGGGGGUAUUGCCUCUACUGAUGAGCAACUGGGUGCCAGUUGGCAGGUCGGACAAACAGUGGAUUGUUCCUCCACUUGUGAGGGUUCCUUGUGCCAGGGGUGCUCUACCACCCAGAUGGAUGUCUAUCAGGCCCAAGGCUACUGUGGCAUCAUUACCCAGUAUUACGGGCCUUUCUGGGCUUGCCGCACCUACGUUGACCCUAAACCCUACCUGGAAGACUGUGUUUUUGAUGCCUGCCAGUACAAAGGUUACCAUGGGGUUAUCUGCACUGCUGUAGCAGCCUAUGCAGUAGCCUGCCAGAAAGCAGGAGUGACCAUCCAAGCCUGGAGGAGCAGCACUUUCUGCCGUAAGUUUGUGCUUCAUUCUGUGAGAAUCUCUUGA